UUUAAAAAUCUGACCCUCUCGGCCUCUCCUCUCUCCCCGCAGUCCUCAUCCCCCCCCGGUCUCGGCUUCCUCGCUUCCUUCCUUCCGCCCCCUUCCUUCCCUCUAUCUCUCUCGCCCCGUCUCUCUUCAUCCACGCGCUAGGACAGGCGGCUACACCUCAUAUGGUCCUCAUGGCAGACGACGACAACCACCACCACCACCGCACCGUCGCCAAUCCCUCGUCGCCUCCGUCCGAUUCCCCGCCCCCCGCGCCGGCGCACCGCACCCGGCUCCACAGCUUCUCCUUCCCCACGCUCAGCUGGGGCACCCACCGCCUCCUCCGCUGCUCCAAGAACCCCGCCUCGUCGCCUCCGCUCACGGCUCCCGAUACCCCGUCCCCGGACAAGGAGACGGCAGCCCGCGGUAACACCGGUGGCGUAGGCGGAAGCGGAGGCGGUUCGCCUCAGCGGCCGUGGAACCUCCGCACCCGCCGCUCCGCCACCGCCGCGCCGCGUAAGGUGCGGCCGGACGACGCGGCCGAUGCUGCCGCGGAGCACGGGCCGGCGCGCCCUGCAGAGGCCAAGAAGCGGGGGUUUUCCAUUGUGCUGUCCAAGGAGGAGAUCGUCCGAGACUUCGCGUUGAUCCGCGGGACGCGGCCCCCGCGCCGGCCCAAGAAGCGCCCCCGCACGGUGCAGCGGCAGCUCGACUCGCUGUACCCUGGAUUGUGCCUUAAGGGUGUCACGCCGGACUCGUACAAGAUCGAGGAGCGGUGAUUGCUAAUAUGGCGGAGAUUCAAAUAGGAAGGGAUUCAGAUGUGUUGAUCCAUUUUGUUCUCCGACGUUCUGAUUGCUUUUCUCUUCUUCUGUCAGGGCUGAAAUUUCCGUUUCAUAACUCAUAAGGGUGUUAUGGUGGAUGUUUUAGAGGAAGUACAGUGUAGUAUCUGUUCUGAUGAUGUGUUGGGAUGUAGUUAAAGUUGGAAUUUCAUUGUUGGGCUUGUAGGAUUGCUAAUUGUACGAAAGGAUAUGAUCCUUAGGUGGGAUAUAAUGUCCUAUUAUGUACAUGGGUAUUAAUUAAUCUAUCAAGGUUUUUAUAUGAGAUUACAAGGAAA